GGGAGCUGGAGCUUUGGGUGGGAGGAAGAGGAGGUGGAGGAGGAGGACGCCAUUGCAACCACAGCUGGCCGUCCGAGAUAAAUCUGAGGAAGAACAAAACCAUACCAAAGUUUCCCCACAAUCACCGGCUUUGACCCAUUUCUCUCCAUUUCCUCCCGUCUUUCUUCGGGUUGUGAGGAAAUACAAAACCAAGAUGGAUGUUUCGUCUUUGCGUAGAAGAAUGUGGAGCCCCAGCGCCGAACAAAAGCAGACUUCCACAGUAGCCUUUCCCGUCCGGUGGUCCCGUCUCUCACCAUGAACUCCAGUAGGAACUGCACCUCAGCGGGGAAUGGCAACGGUCUGGCAGCGCUGGAGUCGGUGUCCAUAGUGACCAUCACGCUCCUGGCCUGUCUGGGGAACCUGCUGAUCGUGGCCACCCUCUAUCGCAGGCCCUACCUUCUCACGCCCAGCAACAAGUUUGUGUUCAGCCUGACCCUGUCCAACCUGCUGCUGUCCGUGCUGGUGCUGCCGUUUGUGGCUGUGAGCUCGGCCAAAAGGGAAUGGGUUUUCGGGGUGGUGUGGUGCAACUUCACUGCGCUGCUCUACCUGCUCAUCAGCUCAGCCAGCAUGAUGACCCUCGGGGCUAUCGCUAUUGACAGUCCGAACAAAUCAGAGAGCGGCAGCUCGGAGAGGGAGCUGGAGCUUUGGGUGGGAGGAAGAGGAGGUGGAGGAGGAGGACGCCAUUGCAACCACAGCUGGCCGUCCGAGAUAAAUCUGAGGAAGAACAAAACCAUACCAAAGUUUCCCCACAAUCACCGGCUUUGA